AUGAAAACCAGUCUUUUACGGGUAGGAGGGCGUUUACAAAAUUCAGAAUUGUCAUUUAAUCAAAAGCACCCAGUGAUUCUACCUGCUAAACACAAGAUAAGUGAGCUCAUCGUAAAAGAAAAGCAUGGGACUUAUUUACAUGCUGGUGCUUCAUUACUGUCCCACAUUAUUAAACAAUCAUAUUGGAUCAUAGGUGGAAAAACGCUCAUUAAAAAAUAUGUUCACAAAUGUAUCAAAUUUAAAGCUUCCACCGCAUCUCAGCUUAUGGGUAAUCUACCUAAGCAUCGAGUAACACUCGAGAGGCCUUUCUACAAAUGCGGAGUGGACUGUGCCGGUCCUAUUUCAAUCAAAUUCAAUAAGGGUCGUGGAGCAAAAUCAACCAAGGGUUAUAUUGCUCUAUUUAUUUGUCUUGCUACUAAGGCAUUACACAUCGAGGCAGUCAGCGAUUUAACCGCUGAUGCAUUUUUAGCUGCUUUGCGUCGCUUCAAUGCUAGACGAGGAGCUCCAAGUCACAUUUACAGCGACAAUGCAACAAACUUUGUUGGGGCUAUUCGAAAGCUCAGCGAAAUACGACGACGAUUGUGGGCUUCACUUCCUGAGAACGAAGCCGUUGCUCAUCAUUUAACGCAAGCAUCAAUGGAAUGGCACUUUAUACCUCCAGCAUCUCCUCAUUUCGGAGGAAUUUUGGAGGCCGCAAUUAAAUCAACCAAAUAUCACUGUAAAAGAGUAAUCGGUGAAACUCUACUUACUUUCGAAGAAUUAACAACUCUAUUGGCUCAGAUAGAAGCCCUUUUAAAUUCUCGUCCCUUAUGUAGUGUAAACAAUACUGACAUUUAUUGCAUUAAUAUUCUCACUCCUUCACAUUUUCUUACAGGAGACGUGAUCCUAUCCCCUCCUGAACGACCUUUUACUAGUCCUGCCAGUAUACGGAAUAGGUGGGAUCUCCUUUAA